UUGAGUGUCGUGACAAAAGGGGCGGGGCAGUUACAAAACAUCAGUAAACGGGAAUUUUUCAUAACCGCUUGUUUUCGAGUAAGUGUUUUGAAUAACCUCAUUUGCAUAGACGUGGAUGAAAAUAAAACAGUUUAAAGACGAUGCCACUUUUACAGAAGGGGACACCGCCUCGGGAUCCAGGAAUGGACGGGCCAGUGCGUCGGACGUCCCGGCGAAUCAAAGAGAAACAAAACGAAGAUAAGAAACUAAUGUUAUCCCCUAAAUGUCUGACAUUCAUGCCUGAGAAAAAUGACGAUGAGGAAGAAGAUAUUGAAGAGGCAGUAGUAAAGCGUGAUAAGAAAUCUCUUCCAGGUUACCGCAAGGCUUUGUCUAAAUAUGAGCUGGAGCGACUUGAGAAUAUCAGACAAAACCAGGCCUUCCUCAGCUCCCUGAAUUUACCUCAGAUUUCUGAAGCUCUGAGACCUAAGUCAAAACCUACUCAGAAAGGCCUGAAAAGAGAAAAGACAGAAACAGAGAUGCUCCCUGUUCGCAAGUCACUGCGGUUACAGAAUCAGGGUCCCCAGACGACCCCUACUCUAGAAACAACCUCUUAUGCAUCUAGAGAGCCUCCAAAAAAAACCCCAGGACCAAUACCACUCGACCCAAUCAACUUGGAUGAAAAUGUCCGGCUGCCAGAAGAUUUGGAAAAAGUCUGGUAUGAGGUCCCCUUAACACAAGAAACAAGAACAUCAGACUUGAAAUCGUACAAACAAAUGCUACAGAAAUUAUAUAUUGAUGACAGCUGUGUGGUGAAAGUUGUGAAAGAUCGGAUCUGUGCAGCAGCUUUUCACCCCUCCUCUUCCAACUUGCUCAUGGCAGCAGGAGACAGGUCAGGCCACCUGGGGCUCUGGAAGCCGGAUGCUAGUUGGGGCGACGAUGGUGUAAUCUACUUUGAACCCCAUUCUCGUGCAAUUAACAGCAUGGCCUUCUCAUCUCACCCUUGCAACCUCAUUACAGUGAGCUAUGACGGCUCUGCACGCAGUAUGGACCUGGAGAAAGCAGUGUUUGAUGAGGUGUAUCGCUCAUCCUUUGGUCUGAAAAGCUUUGACUUUUUGUCAGCUGACGGCUCCACUUUAUUACUUGGUAAAUGGAAUGGGGAGGUUGCAGUCGUUGAUCGUAGAACGGCGAAAACAUGUGAAUGUCUGUAUACCAUGGCUACAAAUCCUCUGCGCUGUGUUCACGUCCAUCCUGUGCAACAGCACUACUUUGUAGUGGCAGAGAACAGGUUUGUAAAAAUAUAUGACUUGCGACAUCUGAAAAAAAUCAACUAUUCAGGAGUUGGUGAACUCAUCGGGCACAAGCGCAGUGUCUCCAGUGCCUUUUUCUCCCCACUCACAGGCAACAGAGUUCUGACCACUUGUUUGGACAACAAGAUCAGGGUGUUUGACAGUUCCCGAAUGGAUGGUGGGAUUCCGGUACUAAAUUCAAUUGCGCACAACAUGCAUACGGGUCGUUGGUUGUCCAAGCUAAGUGCAGUGUGGGACCCCAAGCAGCAAGACUGUUUUGUGAUCGGCAGCGUGGACAGGCCUCGCCAAAUUCAGGUAUAUCACGAGAGCGGGCGGCGCCUUCACACUUUUCAAGACAUGGACCACCUGACCACAGUGUGCUCCAUCACGGCAUUCCACCCAAGCAGGAACGCUCUACUUGGAGGCAAUUCAACUGGCAAGCUGUACAUAUUUACUGACAGCUUCAUCAACUAGGAAAUACCAAAUCUGUUUGUUGAUUUGUGUUGGUUUCCUGCCUCCCUCUUAUUUGCACACACAACAGCAUUUGCUUAUGUUUGUUUUAUUUAAGAUAUGCUGUUUGUUUUUUCCCUGUAAAAUUAAAUAUGUAAUAUUAAAGAAAAUAUAAACUA